CACACACACACACACACACACACACACACGCACACGCACACACACUCAGUAAAACAUGCAUUUAUUGAUUUGUCAAUAUGUUCAGUUAUUUUGGAAUCGUUCUUGUUGUUAAAUUUGUGUAGGUUAGGCAGGCAAGGCAGUAGGGUUAAACUGGUUAACAGAGUGUGAUUUUUGUUCUCAUGCAGAAGACCAGCUAUGUUUUCCGUUGUCUGCUUUGACAAUUCCGAGGAGGUGGAGGUUGUGCCAACGCAAUGGUACAAUAAUGGGGCGUGCAGGUGGCCCCCCCACAAGGCUGAGGGAGUCAAUCGGGCCAUAAGGCAGCUGGAAGAGCCCCAGGAUACCUGGCCUCUAUUUGACAAUGCCAGGGUUUUUUUUUCUUCAGAUAACUAUCUGGAGUGUCGCCAGAAGCUGCCACUGGCUCAAAACCAAACUGAUUUGGCAUCAGAGGUCGAAGACCCAACAACAGACCGGAGACCCAAGAGAAAAAUCAAGCCAAGUAGACACGUCCGAUCGGACUUUGAAAGUCAAGACCCCUGCAGUCCUCCAAAGAAACAGGCCUUCCAAAUCCUCCCUAAGGCCCCUGCCAUCUCUGGACCGUCCAACAUCAGGCGCUUCAUACUAGCGCAGCCCACGCAAAGUGGGCGUUAUGAGGUCCCUGUGAACAACGAGCAGCCUCAGGGUUUUCAGCACUUAAUGACCCUGGGUUCAACCCUUCGCCAAGCAAUUAGCACGAGUUAUGGUGGAGGUGACAUGGCAGAGACAGGGUCAGAGGAGGUGAUGGUAGGGACACCUUAUCAGGGCCAGUCUGUCAGUCCAGGGACAGGGACUCAGAAGGGAGGCUGUGAUCAAAUGUGUGGAACUCUUCUGCGUGACCUGUUGGUUAACCAACAAAUACUGAUGGACCAGCAAAAGACCAUGAUUCGCAUGAUCCAAGACCUCCACAGAAACACCCAGGGGGGUCAGAGGAUGUCCACCACCUCCAGGCAUACUGCCUAUUUUCCACUAGGGGAUAAACAGGCUCUGGAGGCCCUGGAGGGCGACCUGGCAAGCCAGCGGGACCUUCGUCAGGAAUUGGUUAUCACUCUUGGAUUGGCAGGGGGAGCUGAUGCCAAAGAUACUGUGUGGCGCAUUUUGAACGAGGCCAUCAAAAAUGACCUCGCCAAGAACAUCUCAUGGCGGGGGAUGAAUGGAAAGAUUUCAUUUGAAAAUCUACACCUGAAGGCAGUAGUGAUGGAUGCAGUGAGGCGCAAUCCAUCCUGCUCAACCGCAACGGAUGUGCAGAUUGCGGAUGCCAUUAAGAGAUGGUUUUACUGGGCUGGGGAUCGGGAGGGAGGGAGGAAAAAACGCCAGCCGGCUCCAAACCAGGAGCAAACUGUUUUGGAUUAA